UUUUUUUUUUUUUAAAUCCCUGUCCUCUCCUCAUCACCCCCCCUUUUCAAGGCAAACUUUUGGCAAUAGCACAGAUAAUCGUUUCGUGCUCCGCUGAAUUUCUCCUCUCAAAUGCCUUCCGAUCGGGGGAGCCAUUAAAAAAAAAAAAAAAUUGCCAGAGAGCCAGUACGGAUUGAAACUGGGAUCCCAAUAAAUAUGCAAAGUGAAGGCUCUGCUAAGCAGAUUUCUUGCAUUGCUUCCCGGGGGUGCUGAGAGUCUCCCGGAGAAUCUCAGUGAUUAUUUUGAUUGUAUUUUUUUUUUAAUCGCGUUUUAUUGAGGCUGGUUUUUUUUGUUUUUUUGUUUUUUUACCUUUUCUUUUUUUAAUUUGUAAUUAAAAUCCCCCUGACGAGAAAGGAGCGAGGAGGCAGCGAGGAGCGGGGAUCGGCGCAGGGCGGCGAAGCGGCGAUCUGCAUGCAAGGUGCUUAGGGCUGCCCGCGAGACAUGCAACCGGCAAGCAAGCUCCUCACCCUCUUCUUCCUCAUCCUGAUGGGCACAGAACUCACUCAAGUGUUGCCUACCAACCCAGAGGAAAGCUGGCAGGUCUACAGCUCUGCCCAGGAUAGCGAGGGACGUUGUAUAUGCACAGUGGUGGCACCUCAACAGACGAUGUGCUCGCGUGAUGCCAGGACAAAGCAGCUGAGACAACUAUUAGAAAAGGUGCAAAACAUGUCUCAGUCAAUAGAGGUGUUGGACAGGCGGACCCAGCGAGACCUACAGUACGUGGAGAAGAUGGAAAACCAGAUGAGAGGACUGGAAUCCAAAUUUAAGCAAGUGGAAGAAAGCCACAAGCAGCACCUGGCAAGGCAGUUUAAGGCAAUAAAAGCGAAAAUGGAGGAACUUAGGCCUUUGAUACCAGUGUUGGAAGAGUACAAAGCCGAUGCAAAAUUGGUAUUGCAGUUUAAAGAGGAGGUCCAGAAUCUGACGUCAGUUCUAAACGAACUCCAGGAAGAGAUUGGCGCCUAUGACUACGAAGAGCUUCAGAACAGAGUGUCAAAUCUUGAAGAAAGGCUUCGUGCAUGCAUGCAAAAAUUAGCUUGUGGCAAGCUGACGGGGAUAAGUGACCCAAUCACAAUUAAAACCUCGGGGUCCCGCUUCGGCUCAUGGAUGACGGACCCUCUUGCCCCAGAGGGAGAGAACAAGGUCUGGUACAUGGACAGCUACCACAACAACCGCUUCGUCCGCGAAUACAAAUCCAUGGCGGAUUUCAUGAACACCGACAACUUUACCUCUCACCGUCUCCCUCACCCAUGGUCAGGCACUGGUCAAGUGGUCUACAAUGGCUCUAUCUACUUCAAUAAAUACCAAAGCCACAUAAUUAUCAGGUUUGACUUGAAAACAGAGACCAUUCUCAAGACUCGCAGCCUGGAUUAUGCCGGCUACAACAACAUGUACCACUACGCCUGGGGCGGCCACUCGGACAUCGACCUCAUGGUGGAUGAGAACGGGCUGUGGGCCGUCUAUGCCACCAACCAGAACGCGGGCAACAUCGUCAUCAGCAAGCUGGAUCCCAACACCCUGCAGAGCCUCCAGACCUGGAACACCAGCUACCCGAAACGCAGCGCUGGGGAGGCCUUCAUCAUCUGCGGCACGCUCUACGUCACCAAUGGCUAUUCGGGAGGCACCAAGGUGCACUACGCCUACCAGACCAACGCCUCUACCUAUGAGUACAUCGACAUCCCGUUCCAAAACAAGUACUCGCACAUUUCCAUGUUGGACUACAACCCCAAGGAUCGGGCCCUCUAUGCCUGGAACAACGGGCACCAAAUACUUUACAAUGUCACCCUCUUCCACGUCAUCAGGUCCGACGAGUUGUAGUCCAUCCUUGUUUAGAAACUGAUUUAGGAAAAUAAAAAAAUAAAAAAAAAAAAAAAAAAAAAGGAAAAAAAAGGGAGAAAUGAAUAUAAGAAACAAA